AUGCAUACCCUUCAAACCACCCUCACCACCGCCAUCCUCCUCCUCACAACCCUAAUCACCGCCCAACAAGCCGCCGACGGCGCCCUCGUGCCCUUCACCUCCGUUCUCCCAGCCUGCGCAUCUCAAUGCGGACCUCUCUACGACGUACAAGGCGGCUGCACAACACAAGCCUGUUUCUGUGGUGAUGCGCGAUUAGCCUCUCUCUCUACCGGCGGAGCGACGGCCGCAAGUACGAUUUGUGGCGCGGCUAGCUGUACGGUGGCCGCGGACCAGCAGAAGAUUGCGGAUUGGUAUAAGAGUUUUUGUCCUAGUAAUGCGGGGACUGGGACGGGGACGACAACAGCGGCGGGUGUGCCCGGGGCUACGAGUACGGCGGGAGGAAGCACGCCGACGAAUACGGGGACGACGACGGUGGGGGAGGGGAAUACGAUUAAUACUGGGAAUGGGGUUGUGGUUCAUGGGUCUUGGUUCUCAACCCACUGGCAAUACGUCGUCAUGCUCAUCAUCCUCAUCGUCGCCAUCGUCGGCGGUUGGAUCGGCGCCUGCAUCUGGCGACGCGCCUACCUCCGCAAAAGGGAACGCCAAUACGAGCUUCGUCCCCCGGCUAUCCCGUGGGCGCCUGCAGGCCCCGAACAUCAUAUGGCGGGGGGCUUGCAGAGGGUUUAUGGACCUGGUGUUGGCAUGGGAGCGGGAGGACAUGCGAAGGAGAUGAGAAGUACGGAGUCUAGUACUGGGGGAGAGGGGUUGAAAGACCCGGAGAAGGGGGGUGUGAGGGGGUUUUUGAGGAAGGGGAGGAGUUAG